GGCUACCAGUAUAUAUGCAACAAACAAAGAGGGAGAGUUUCUAAUAUUCUUGCUCUGUCGAUUUCACCACCGCGCUUCCGUUAUUCUCCGCCAUCGCCCUCUCGCAGAAGCUGGCAGCUAACCACUACAUAACUCCGUCACCUGGUUAGCCGCACGCAUCACAAUCUGGAAGUUGAGAUGCAUGUAUGAUCAUUGAAGGUUUUUGAUUAGAAGAUUUUUGUUAUGGCAACGGCAACAUACCCACCACCCCCACCUUUUUACAGGCUUUACAAAGAUUACACGCAAGACCCUCAGUCUGCUCCAGAGCCUCCACCACCAAUUGAGGGAACUUAUAUUUGUUUUGGAGGCAGUUACACUACCAGUGAUGUUCUACCAAGCUUGGAAGAACAAGGGGUGCGCCAACUCUAUUCUAAAGGACCUAAUAUUGAUUUCAAGAAGGAGCUGAGAUCACUUAAUGGAGAACUGCAGCUACACAUUUUGGAGCUUGCUGAUAUUCUUAUUGAGAGACCAUCACAAUAUGCAAGGAGAGUCGAAGAAAUUUCAACCGUGUUCAAAAAUUUACAUCACCUUUUAAAUUCACUGCGUCCUCAUCAGGCGAGAGCAACUUUGAUUCACAUUUUGGAACUUCAGAUACAGCGCCGUAAACAAGCUGUGGAGGACAUAAAAAGGAGGAGAGAAGAAGCUCGAAGACUCCUUAACGAGUCGCUGGCAACACUUGGUGGCCAGUAAAGCAUUGCUUAUCUUAUAUUUCUGAGCAACUCAAUCUUAUAUGAGAAAUGAAUUUCGACCAAUAGAUUUGAUCGAAAGAUUAUAGCGCUUUAAGUUACGGAGAAAUACUGUUUUACAGCGUGCGCAAGAUAUUGUAAGUUUAUAAUAACUAUUUGUGAUGGUAUAUGGUGUAUGAACUUUUGAUGAAUAUACUUUACUUCUGGGAUAAACUUUUGAAUUGUUGUGCAAA